CUCGCGAUAUCUUCUCCCCAGUGGCGGCUGUGUGGCCCCCAGUCUCAGUCCGGACGGAGUAGUUUCUGACGUUUGAAUGAAAAACAGUGCGAAUUACCUCCACUUCGGACCCGGGAAAUAAUGGCUUCAGCCUUGGAGCAGUUCGUGAACAACGUGCGGCAGCUCUCCGCUCAAGGCCAGAUGACUCAGCUAUGCGAGUUGAUUAACAAGAGUGGGGAGCUGCUGGCCAAAAAUCUGUCCCACCUGGACACGGUGCUGGGGGCCUUGGACAUCCAGGAGCACUCCCUGGGCGUGCUCGCUGUGCUAUUUGUGAAGUUCUCCAUGCCAAACAUCCCUGACUUCGAGACGCUCUUCUCCCAAGUCCAGCUCUUCAUCAGCACCUGCAACGGGGAGCACAUUAGAUAUGCAACAGACACUUUUGCUGGUCUCUGCCACCAGUUGACAAAUGCCCUCGUAGAGCGGAAACAGCCUUUGAGAGGCGUCGUCGUCCUAAAACAGGCAAUAGACAAAAUGCAGAUGAACACAAACCAACUUACCUCAGUUCAUGCAGACCUGUGUCAGCUGUGCUUGUUAGCGAAGUGCUUCAAGCCCGCCCUGCCCUUCUUGGAGCUGGACAUGAUGGACAUCUGUAAGGAAAACGGCGCCUACGACGCAAAGCACUUUUUAUGUUACUACUACUACGGUGGCAUGAUCUACACGGGCCUGAAAAACUUUGAAAGAGCACUGUAUUUUUAUGAACAGGCAAUAACCACUCCAGCCAUGGCGGUGAGCCACAUCAUGUUGGAAGCCUAUAAGAAAUACAUCCUGGUGUCGCUCAUCCUCCACGGGAAAGUGCAGCCGCUGCCCAAAUACACCUCACAGAUAGUAGGAAGGUUCAUCAAGCCGCUGAGCAACGCGUACCACGAGCUGGCUCAGGUUUACACCACCAACAACCCGGCCGAGCUGCGCAGCCUCGUCAACAAACACAGCGAGACGUUCACGAGAGACAACAACACGGGCCUGGUCAAGCAGUGCCUCUCCUCCCUGUACAAGAAGAACAUCCAGAGGCUAACGAAGACCUUCCUGACGCUGUCUUUGCAAGACAUGGCGAGUCGAGUUCAGCUUUCAGGCCCCCAGGAAGCAGAGAAAUACGUCUUACACAUGAUUGAAGACGGAGAGAUCUACGCUAGCAUUAACCAAAAGGAUGGUAUGGUCUGCUUCCAUGACAACCCCGAGAAAUACAACAACCCGGCAAUGCUCCACAAAAUCGACCAAGAGAUGUUGAAAUGUAUAGAGCUGGAUGAGAAGCUAAAGUCUAUGGAUCAGGAAAUUACAGUAAACCCACAAUUUGUGCAGAAGAGUAUGGGAUCGCAGGAGGAUGAUGUUGGUAGCAAAACAUCAAGUUAUUCCUGAGGGGCCUCGGACACGGAGAGAACGCUGCAGCCACCAUCCCCUCACCACCACCCCACGCCCCCCCCCCCCCCCCCCCCCCCCCCCCCCCCCCCCCCAACACGUUCUUCCCAGGAUGAGUUGGAUUUUUUUUUAAAAACAGGAAAAACAUUCUAUUGCAUAAAAAAAAAGGACAUUGGUCAAGGAAAAUCUAAUUGUGUGGAAUGAUGAUAAAAUUUGGUUAUUCUUACAUCGCCGUGUCUUAAGGAUAACAAAGAAAUCCUUAUAGAAAAGGAAAAAAAAACAAAAAAAAGAUUUUGUCGGUGUUUAUUUAUCAAUGUUCAGGUUGGAGCGCCACUGCUACUUUAACAGAAUCCACAA